AUGAAUUUCUUGUCAUCGGCAUUAAUAUUCUCACUGGCCGUCCUCCUCCCGGCAGUAGUCUCCGGCGACUGCACUUGCGAUCUCGAGGGAGACCAAGCAAGCGGCGGGAGCAAAGGCAUCACCCGCAAAUACAAAAUUGCCGCUCUUGCAGCCAUCAUUGCCGCUGGCGCUGCCGGCGUCUGCCUCCCGAUGGUGGGGAAGACGGUGGAUGCCUUGAGCUCGGAGAAGAGCUUUUUCUUCGUGCUGAAAGCAUUCGCCGCAAGUGUGAUUCUUUCGACGGGGUUCAUACACGUGUUGCCUGACGCUUUCGAGAGCCUAACUUCGUCGUGCCUCGGCGACCGGCCGUGGGACAAAUUGCCGUUCAUGGGGUUCGUGGCCAUGGUGGCAGCCAUCGAGACGCUCGUGGUGGACACGUACGCGAUGUCGUACUUCCGGCGGCUGGAAGCGGAGAAGAGGGCAGAGGGAGCCGAACUGUUGCCCGUUCACACGCACGGGGACCACGGCCACGUGCAUGGAACGGUGUCGGGAGAACUCCUACGGCACCGUGUUAGAGCUCGGUAUCGUAGUUCACUCGGUAAUAAUCAGGAUAGUUUGUUGGGCGCCUCGCAUAGCCCCAACACAAUACGGCCCAUCGGCCUCGGCGGAUGUAUCACGCAGGCUAAAUUCAACUCCCAAGCUGUGGCUAUACUGGAGAUUGUACAAAACUGA